AUGCACCUGCUGUCGGCCUGUCGCAUCUUAUUGGUGCUGGCUUGCAGGGCGACGUGCGCGGACCUGCAUUUCGACGGCACGUCCGCGAGUCAGCACGCGUUUUCCGAGGAGAGCACCUUCCUAAUCCAGAUCCACGGGUUCUCAGACAGCACGCUUGACUUGACGAAUUAUUCGACGGCGGGCAACUCCACGUCGGCCACCACGAAGGCGCGUACGCCAACUGGCGGGACCACAUCGCCUGGCGUGCCCAUCUACACCCUGCCCCGCGGUGAGGGCGAGGACGCCAAGGCGGUGCGCCAGUGGUCGCUCGUGCUGGCGAACGACGCCACCGACGGCGAGCUGGCGAGCAUCAGCAGGGAGUUCGCCGACGGGCAGCACACCAAGCCGAGCAGCGGCCAGAUGCCGCUUGUGGCGGGGAGCCUGACGGAAGAGGCGCUCAACGCGGUGCUCGAGAAGCACCUUGGGCGUGUGCGGUUUGUCGAAGAAGACCAGUACCAGUUGAAGGUUAAAGACAGCUUGGCCAAUACAGGGACGUCCAGUGCGGGGCCAGAGCGGUGGCCCACGCCGUCCCCGACGGAGCAGACGAAGGAGCCCACGCCCUCGCCCACGGCAGAUACGGGCUGUGAAGACGCCUGCUGUACGGGCGUCUUUCCCGGCGACACAGAGUGCUGCGACGCUUGGUACAACGGCUUGGUGCCAACUGCCGCAAGUUGCGAGGCGUACCACGGCGGAGAUUUGUGCGUCUGGACCUGCCCCACCGAGCAUCCGACGCCGGCUCCGACGCAAGACGGCCAGGACCCGACGCCUGCUCCGACGAAGCAGGGCCACGAGCCGACGCCCACCCCGACAAGGUGGCCCACGCCGUUCCCGACUCCCAGCUGCGAGGACGCCUGCUGCGUGGGCGUCGAUCCCACCAACCCCAAGUGCUGCAACGUCUGGAACGCUGGCGUGGUGUCCUCCCCGGCAGAUUGCGAGGCGUACAACGGCGGAGAUUUCUGCGUCUGGACCUGCCCCACCGAGCAUCCAACGCCGGCUCCGACGCAAGAUGGCCAGGACCCGACGCCGGCUCCGACGAAGCAGGGCCACGAGCCGACGCCCGCUCCGACAAGGUGGCCCACGCCAUCUCCGACCCACAGCUGUGGAGACGCCUGCUGCGUGGGCGUCGAUCCCAACGAUCCUGAAUGCUGCGACGUCUGGCACCUUGGUUUAGUGACCAACCAAGCAGAUUGCGAGGCGUACCACGGCGGGGAUUUGUGCGUCUGGACCUGCCCCACCGAGCAUCCGACGCCUGCUCCGACGCAAGACGGCCAGGACCCGACGCCUGCUCCGACGAAGCAGGGCCAGGACCCGACGCCCGCUCCGACAAGGUGGCCCACGCCGUCCCCGACGGAGCAGACGAAGGAGCCCACGCCCUCGCCCACGCCGGAGGGCCAGGACCCGACGCCCGCUCCGACAAGGUGGCCCACGCCGUCCCCGACGGAGCAGACGAAGGAGCCCACGCCCUCGCCCACGUCAGAUACUGGCUGUGAAGACGCCUGCUGUACGGUCGUAUUUUCCCGGCGACACAGAAGUGCUGCGCACGCUUGGUACAACGGCUUUGGGGCCAACUGCCGCAAGUUGCGCGGCGUACCACGUGGAGGAUUUGUGCGUCUGGACCUGCCCCACCGAGAGCAUCCGACGCCGCUCCGACGCAAGACGGCCGUGUACCCGGCCCUGCUCCGACGAAGCAGUGCCCUCGAGCCGAACGCCCGCCCCGACAAGGUGGCCCCCGCUACCCCACCCCCCUCGUUCCCGACUCCCAGCUGCGAGACGCCUGCUGCGUGGGCGUCGCUCCACCGACCCAUUGCUGCAACGUCUGGAACGCUGGCGGUGGUGUCCUCCCCGCAGAUUGCGAGCGUCACGCGGAGAUUUCCGUCUGACCUACCCCUCCGCGCAUCCGACCGGAUCCGCGCAGACGGCCAGACCCGACUCCGGCUCCCGACGAAGCAGGGCCACGAGCCGACGCCCGCCCCGACAAGGUGGCCCACGCCAUCUCCGACCCACAGCUGUGGAGACGCCUGCUGCGUGGGCAUCGAUCCCAACGAUCCUGAAUGCUGCGACGUCUGGCACCUUGGUUUAGUGACCAACCCAGCAGAUUGCGAGGCGUACCACGGCGGAGAUAUGUGCGUCUGGACCUGCCCCACCGAGCAUCCGACGCCUGCUCCGACGCAAGACGGCCAGGACCCGACGCCUGCUCCGACGAAGCAGGGCCAGGACCCGACGCCCGCUCCGACAAGGUGGCCCACGCCGUCCCCGACAGAGCAGACGAAGGAGCCCACGCCCUCGCCCCACGCUUUUGGCAGGACCCGACGCCUCUCCGACAAGCAUCCGACGCCGGCUCCGACGCAAGACGGCCAGGACCCGACGCCUGCUCCGACGAAGCAGGGCCACGAGCCGACGCCCGCCCCGACAAGGUGGCCCACGCCGUUCCCGACUCCCAGCUGCGAGGACGCCUGCUGCGUGGGCGUCGAUCCCACCGACCCCAAGUGCUGCAACGUCUGGAACGCUGGCGUGGUGUCCUCCCCGGCAGAUUGCGAGGCGUACAACGGCGGAGAUUUCUGCGUCUGGACCUGCCCCACCGAGCAUCCAACGCCGGCUCCGACGCAAGACGGCCAGGACCCGACGCCGGCUCCGACGAAGCAGGGCCACGAGCCGACGCCCGCCCCGACAAGGUGGCCCACGCCAUCUCCGACCCACAGCUGUGGAGACGCCUGCUGCGUGGGCAUCGAUCCCAACGAUCCUGAAUGCUGCGACGUCUGGCACCUUGGUUUAGUGACCAACCCAGCAGAUUGCGAGGCGUACCACGGCGGAGAUAUGUGCGUGGCCCACGCCGUCCCCGACGAGCAGACGAAGGAGCCCACGCCCUCGCCCACGCCGGAGGGCCAGGACCCGACGCCCGCUCCGACAAGGUGGCCCACGCCGUCCCCGACGGAGCAGACGAAGGAGCCCACGCCCUCGCCCACGCCGGAGGGCCAGGACCCGACGCCCGCUCCGACAAGGUGGCCCACGCCGUCCCCGACGGAGCAGACGAAGGAGCCCACGCCCUCGCCCACGUCAGAUACUGGCUGUGAAGACGCCUGCUGUACGGGCGUCUUUCCCGGCGACACAGAGUGCUGCGACGCUUGGUACAACGGCUUGGUGCCAACUGCCGCAAGUUGCGAGGCGUACCACGGCGGAGAUUUGUGCGUCUGGACCUGCCCCACCGAGCAUCCGACGCCGGCUCCGACGCAAGACGGCCAGGACCCGACGCCUGCUCCGACGAAGCAGGGCCACGAGCCGACGCCCACCCCGACAAGGUGGCCCACGCCGUUCCCGACUCCCAGCUGCGAGGACGCCUGCUGCGUGGGCGUCGAUCCCACCGACCCCAAGUGCUGCAACGUCUGGAACGCUGGCGUGGUGUCCUCCCCGGCAGAUUGCGAGGCGUACAACGGCGGAGAUUUCUGCGUCUGGACCUGCCCCACCGAGCAUCCAACGCCGGCUCCGACGCAAGACGGCCAGGACCCGACGCCGGCUCCGACGAAGCAGGGCCACGAGCCGACGCCCGCCCCGACAAGGUGGCCCACGCCAUCUCCGACCCACAGCUGUGGAGACGCCUGCUGCGUGGGCAUCGAUCCUAACGAUCCUGAAUGCUGCGACGUCUGGCACCUUGGUUUAGUGACCAACCCAGCAGAUUGCGAGGCGUACCACGGCGGAGAUAUGUGCGUCUGGACCUGCCCCACCGAGCAUCCGACGCCUGCUCCGACGCAAGACGGCCAGGACCCGACGCCUGCUCCGACGAAGCAGGGCCAGGACCCGACGCCCGCUCCGACAAGGUGGCCCACGCCGUCCCCGACAGAGCAGACGAAGGAGCCCACGCCCUCGCCCACGCCGGAGGGCCAGGACCCGACGCCCGCUCCGACAAGGUGGCCCACGCCGUCCCCGACUCCCAGCUGCGAGGACUCCUGCUGCGUGGGUACGAUCGCCGCCCACGACCCCGAGUGUUGCAACCUCUGGCACCUCGGCUUGGCGGCCACACCCGCAGAUUGCGAGGCUUAUACCAACGCAGUUGGUGAAUCGAACUGCGUCUGGACCUGCCCCACCGAGCAUCCGACGCCUGCUCCGACGCAAGACGGCCAGGACCCGACGCCUGCUCCGACGAAGCAGGGCCAGGACCCGACGCCCGCUCCGACAAGGUGGCCCACGCCGUCCCCGACAGAGCAGACGAAGGAGCCCACGCCCUCGCCCACGCCGGAGGGCCAGGACCCGACGCCCGCUCCGACAAGGUGGCCCACGCCGUCCCCGACGCCCAGCUGCGAGGACGCCUGCUGCGUGGGCGUCGAUCCCACCGACCCCAAGUGCUGCCACCUCUGGAACGCUGGCGCAGUGUCCUCCCCGGCAGAUUGCGAGGCGUACAACGGCGGAGAUUUCUGCGUCUGGACCUGCCCCACCGAGCAUCCGACGCCUGCUCCGACGCAUCAAGGCUUUGAGCCGACGCCGUAUCCUACGCCCUCGCCGACAAUCGGAGUGGCCCCAACGCCCAAAUUUCCUUGGGAGCCCGUCGCCACGCCCAAUCCUACGCCCAUUUCGACGCCCUCACCGACAUUCGGGUCAGCUCCAACGCCCAAGGUCAGGCAGGCCAAGGUCGAGGGCAGCUUCCAAGUCAAAGUGCCUUCUGCCGAUGCCGAGGCUUUCGUCAGCGACUCCUCGGUCAAGGCGGCCUUCCAGCGCUCUAUUGCUGAGCAGGCCGGCGUCGCGGAGGCAGAGGUCGUGGUGACGCUCUCUGUGGUGACUGGCGCUGGCUCUUCAGGUCGUGGUCGCAAGGUAAGCUUGGCGCAGAUCAGGCUGGGCUCUGCGGACCAGGCCGAGAUCCAGGUCGACUAUUCCAUCACCGUGGAGGACGAAACGGAGGGCAGCUCCGUGCAGGGGGCGCUGGCUACCGUGACCGCGGAGCAGUUCACGUCAUCCGUCGCGGCGGAACUCAGCGGCGGCAACGCCGGGGGCACUGGCGGAACCUCUGGCUUCGCGGUGCAGGCCGUCGCGGGCUCCUCCACGGCCCCCACGGUGAACGUCCAGGUCUCCGCCACGGGGGACCCGCACCUGGUCAACGUGCACGGGCAGUCGGGUUCGACCUCAUGCAGCCCGGCAACCACACGAUGCUCUGGAUCCCGAGGACGGGGCUUCUCCGAGCGCGACCCUGCUCGGCGUGGUGGCCCGCGCCGAGCACAUUGGCAAAGCCUGCUCGGACAUGUACAUCGUGGCCCUGACCAUCAAGGGCCAGUGGAUCGCGGGCGUCCCUGGUGCGCGGCGCUUGGGCGACGCCUGGGACAUGCAGUACUUCGCCAGUAA